UGGUGGCGAACCGGCGAGUCUCGGUCGCCAGAAUCUCAGCAGAGCCUCCCCACCCCACACCCCUUUCGUCUCCACUCUCCUCCCCAUCCAUCAUCUCUUCUUUUCACUUUCAUCCAAUUUCUUUGGAAAUUACUUGGAGGGGGUCUACUCGGCGGCCACUUGCAUGCAUUGUUCGUCUCCCAAAAUGGUUUGCGAGACUAAAAUAGUUGCGGACGAACACGAUGCUAUACCCGGGAGCAUAAAGGAGCCCAUGAUGUGGAGCGCCGGCGAGGCUAAGGACUCAUCGGCCAGCAGGCGCGACGCGGUGUUGAUCCGCGAGUUCGAGCGCGGAGACCAGGAGGAGGUGCGCCGCAUCUUUUACGAGGGCAUCAUGGAAAGGAUCCCCAACACGGCGUUUCGGGGGCUGGCGCAGCAGCCCCGAACGCAGUUUUUCUACGCUUUUCUCACAGUGAUGUGCUUUUACGUGACCAAAUCCUUGGCGCUCACCUGCUGCGCGCCGCUAGCGCUCAUGGGCGCGCGCUACUACUACAGCGGGAAAGUCAUCCACAGUUACCUGGAUCACGCCUUGCACACGGACAUGGCAGACAUCGAGGCUUAUUACAUGAAACCCGCUGGCUCGUGUUUCUGGGUGGCAGUACUGGACGGUCGUGUGGUGGGCAUCGUGGCUGCGCAAGGCCACGAGGACGACAACGCGGUGGAGCUACGGCGAAUGUCGGUGGAUUCUCGCUACCGCGGGAAAGGCAUCGCCAAGGCCCUGGGUCGCCGCGUUCUGGAGUUCGCCGUGCGCAACAACUACGCGGCAGUGGUCCUGGGCACCACGGCUGUCAAGAUGGCCGCACACAAGCUGUACGAGUCGCUGGGCUUCCGCCGGACGGGCCGCAACGAGGACUACCGGCUCCCGGGGACGAGCCGUUCGGCGCCCGAGAGGCUCUUCUUCCAGAUCCGGUACAGCCGCUACCGCCUGCAGCUCCGCGAGGAGUGAGACGGAAAAAGCCGGUUGACCCUCCUCUCCUCUGACAUUUUCUAUUUAUUUUAUUUAACAUCAUCGCUUCCUUUUUCAAGUCACUAACCAUGACUAAAAUACUUUGCGUUGUUGUCGCUUUUCGUGUUAUCUUUUGGACAUUUCGCCAUUUUCUCUCCAUUUUGAUGCAGUAGCACAGCGAGCGAGAAAGACUCCAUACCGCCAACACUCGUUCGGUCUUAUUAAUCUGGAGGUGUCGGCAGACCUCGAUUUCCCUGACCGUCCCCGUCCUCCAUUUUUGCUUGAACCGUGAACUCAGCAAUAGGUCGAGGUACCAGAAAGGGCGGAGUCUCACCGACACAAACAUCGCAUCGGCGCGACGAGAACACAAGGCACACGUAGAGGGGUAUAUCUUUUGUACAUUUUAUACCGGUGGUAGCGGUUAGCAUGAUCGGGGAGAAUUUAGGACGUAUCGAUGAAUCGGAGCGCGAGGAACGGUCGCAUCUAUCUCCGAUCUAAUAUCGCACGGACUAGUGUAAAUCCCUGUCGGUUCAAGACGCGACAACGAGCAAUAUUUACCAUUUUCAGCACAAGAUUUCCUUCGUUUUACAUAGCAAAACCAGCGAUGUUUAUGACAAAAAAAUAUGUCAUCGUAUCUUUUUUAAGUCAACUAAGUCAACCGAAACCUCAUGAUGUGACCUAACUCGUCUUCCUGCCUCUCCCUACCUCAUGUUUAUCUCAUUCACUGCCAAUGACGGUGAUAGAUGUCGAAUCGCUUGGCUAUUAAAAGCUAAAUAAGAACUGUUUAAGUGAGUUCCAGGAGUAGACACCCAAUCAAAUGGAACGAACGUCUAUCGCCGUCACUGUUAGCCAAUGAGUUAAGGCUGAUUUACGUUUCUGCGUAUCGGUCACAGCAUUAACACCAACAAAUUUUAACCCUACGCCCAUAGGCGGAGUUUGGCUUUUGGGGCAGGGGGGCACAACAUAUUGAUGAUCUCGAAACGCAGUGUCAGCAAUAAAAUUAACUUACAAGAAUAUUUAUAAUAAUAAGUUGACAAUGAACUUUUUUUGUUUCCCAUCAUUUUUUAGAGGAAUUCUAAAUCAGGCUGCUUAGGCAAUACCUUUCGCCAAGAUAGUCAACCAUUGAAUAUGGUACGCCCGCCGGUGUCGUGCCAAUGUAGUUACCCCAGUCAAAAACGGUACCCCCUGGGCGGAGCCAUAUGGUGGUAGAUUUGUGCCUUUAUAUUUCAAUGCAAAAAAAGUUGCUUCAAUCAAAAUAUAUAUUUUCCAUCAAAAAAAAUAAAAGUCGCUCCAAUAAAAAAAAAAAAAAAUGUUUUUGGCUGCAAAAAAUGAAUUUAAAAUUUUUUUUCUUUGAUUGGAUUUUUUAUUUUGGAUUGAAGCAACUUUUUUGAUUGAAAAAUGUUGAUUUGUGUUUGGGCCCCAUUUUGGCUAGGAUGUUUAUGUCUUUAUUAUUCAAUCAAAAAAUAAGUUGCUUCAAAAAAUAUGUAUUUUCAAAAAGAAAAAUCACUUCCAUAAAAAAAAAAAAAAAAGAAAAGAAAAAAGAAAAAUUUCAAUCGUAGAAAACAUUUUUGAAUGCGAAAAAUAUUUGAGAUUGAAAAAUUACAUUUGAACACUUCAUUUUUCAUUGAAAAAGUUUUAGUUGAUUGAAGCAAUCCUUUUUGCAUAUUAUGGGUAGGACAUUUGUGUCUGAAUAAAUCAAUCCCCAAAAAAGUUGCUUCAAUUAAAAAAAAAAAUAUAUAUAUAUAUAUAUACUUUCAGAGAAAAGAAAAACAUUUGAAAAGUAGAAUUGCCCUCCCCUAUUUUUUUUUUUUAUUAUAUGCAAAGUAAAUGACCGUCUAAGGUGUUAGUUACAUGAUCUGUUCGAAAAAUUAUUUGGACCCAUUAUAAAAAUAUAUUUUAUUGUUCAUUUCAUUCAUUUUUGUUGCAGUUUUAUUGCUUUACAACUUAUAUAUAACAGUAUAUAGGAAAGUCAAUUUCAUGCAAUGACACUUUUCGGCCACCAGGAGGGGGGUCUUGCCCCCCUUGCCCUCCUUAAAAUCCGCUUAUGCCUACGCCGUAGCCUGACUAAAAAAUCCUGACCACACUCGACGUCAACAGACUGUGAUUGGUCUGUUCAGACCGUUGUUUCCGGUUCAGCACGACAACACCGCCAUUCUCGAGCUAGAAAACUAUUCGACAAGAGUCUCCCAAAACAGUACAAAGAAAAAGCCACGCCCCUUUAACGGCUUGGCGGUAUAUUACAGUUGACACAAAACUUCGAAUGCUUAAUGACGACGUAUGGUCUACGCCAUCGCUGCAAUGCAGAAGCGUAAAUCAGCCUCAAACCUUAAGUCUUAGACCCUUCCCCCGAAAACCUUUGACCUUCCCACUCCCUGGCCUUAGCCCUUUCCCACCCUUUCUGCAUGAGCCCCUUUUGCCUGGCCACGCCGCUUUAAUGACAACAUUUUCGAAACCCCCCAACUCAGAAACCGAACCCUCUUCCGCACAGACUCACGCGAUGCAACACUGCCCCAGAUGAGAUCUCGUCUGCCAGCCGACCAAAACGCUGAAUGCAAAGAGCAAUGCAACGCGGCAUGCCUAUGUACCCGGUGUGCCCUUGGCAGAAAAUAAACAUACAAAAAAAAAAAAUGGUAGAAAAACUUAUAUACGUAUAUUCAUAUAUGGGCCGUAUGUGCAAAUUGCUGUCUCCCUUACAUUUUACACACUUAUACAAACAAACAAACCCUAGCAAAAAGUAUGGAAUCACCAGUCUCGGACGCACACUCACUCAGACAUUUCAUUAUUUAGAACAAACUCAGAUAAAAAGCUUGAAAAAAAAUGAAUUAGUUCAAAAGUGCAACUCCUUGGCAUUCAGAAACACUAAAAGAAACUGGAAACUGCAAUUUCUGAAUAAGUUACUCUGGGUCUUUGCUGUGUGGCGAUACAGAUCUUAGCCCCGCCCAGGUUGGUUUGGGGACAUUGCGGGGACAAUAUCAGGUCGCUCCCUGUUGAUUUGGGGACAUUUGAGAGACACAUCCUGGUCAUAUUAGGUAAUUUGGGGACAUUUGGGGGCGUGUCCUGGUCAUAUUAGGUAAUUUGGGGACAUUUGGGGGCAUGUCCUGGUCAUACCAGGUCAUUUGGGGACAUUUUGGGGGCCGUGUUCUGGUUAUAUCAGGUCAAUUGGGGACAUUUGGGGGCGUGGCCUGGUCAUAUUAGGUCAUUUGGGGACAUUUUUUCUGGUCAUAUCAGGUCAUUUUGGGACAUUUGGGGGGCGUGUCCUGGUCAUAACAGGUCAUUUGGGGAUAUUUGGGGGCGUGUCCUGGUCAUAACCGGUCAUUUGGGGAUAUUUCGGGGUGCAUGUCCUUGUCAUAUCAGGUCAUUUAGGGACAAUUGGGGGGCGUGUCCUAGUCAUAUCAGGUCAUUUGGGGACAUUUGGGGGGCGUGUCCUGGUCAUAUCAGGUCAUUUGGGGACAUUUAGGGGGCGUGUCGUCAUAUCAGGUCAUUUGGGGACAUUUAGGGGGCGUGUCCUGGUCAUACCAGGCCAUUUGGGGACAUUUGGGGGCGUGUCCUGGUCAUACUAGGUAAUUUGGGGACAUUUUGGGGGCUGUGUCCUGGUCAUAUCAGGUCAUUUGGGGACAUUUAGGGGGCGUGUCCUUGUCAUAUCAGGUCAUUUGGGGACAUUUGGGGGGCUUGUCCUAGUCCUGGUAAUUUCCUGUUCAUCUGGGGACAUUUGGUUUUUGCCAUUGAAAAUGAAUGGGAAAAUUGGAUGUCCAUGUUCGUCAAUAGAAUCGACUUCCAUAUGAGUCAGUGGAACCUGGGACAUUUGGGGGACACGUCCUAUUGAUAUCUGGCCAUUUCCUGUCGAUUUGGGGACAUUCAUUUUUUGCCAUUGAAAAUGAAUGGGAAAUUUGGACGUGCAUGGCAUCGAUUUACAUAUAUGUCAAUGGAAUCCAAGUACAGUGGCAUCAAUAGAUUCGACAGACAUGGCCGUCAAUGGCAUCAAUGCACUGUAAAUUCCAUUGGAAGUGAACGGGAAAUUUGAACUAACGUUGCAUCCCAUUAAAAAUGAAUGGGAAAGUUUUUGGCAAAUUUCCGGGGAGCCGUAAUUUUUUCCCAAAUUCUGUAUAGAACUUUAAUGCCCCUCACCAUCCCGGAAUUUUUGAUGUCCAAAUGAUGUGAUUUGGUCAAAAAUUGUAGGACUAGAUACAUUUUGAAAAAAAUUUUUUUUUCGAAAAAUAUGUCAAAAAUCUGCUUUCACGGGAGAACGGAAAAUUUUUCGGGGUUGUUCGAAAAAUUACCUGCGUUACACUUACACAAUGAAUAAAACAUUGUGGUGGUCAGUAAAUGUUACCUUUAUAGAGCAAGUGCAGGAGAAAUAUAGAAUAACUCCAUUCGGAAUCGCUCCAUUUUUAGUAGAAAAUACAGACACACCCAGUCAAUUUCCUUUCCCUGCCUCAGAUUAGAUCUGCUCGACAGUCAGCAGUUAAAAACAGUGCAGUUAUCACACCUUGGAGGGCUGCUGGACCAAGUGGAUUCAGAAGAAUCAUGGCUCCAACAUGAAAGAUGUCUCUUGAGACCAAGGAGAGAAUUAUCAAACAAAGGAAACGAUCAUUGACCCUUAAUCAGAAAAGAACAAGACUGCAAUGGGCUAAGGAGAGGCAAUCAUGGACCGUGAAUGACUGGAUGAAUGUUAUUUUCAGUGAUGAGUGAAGAAUCUGCAUUGGACAAGGUAAUGAUGCUGGAACUUUUGUUUGGUGCCGUUCCAGUGAGAUUUACAAAGAUGACUGCCUGAAGAAAACAUCAAAAUUCCCUCAGUCCUUGAUGAUAUGGGGCUGCAUGUCGGGCAAAGGCACUGGGGAGAUGGCUGUGGUUAAAUCUUCAAUAAAUGCUCAAGUUUACAUUGAAAUUUUAGAACCUUUCUUAUCCAUUCAAUUGAAAAUAUGUUUGGGGAUAAUGAAAUCAUUUUCCAAGAUGACAAUGCAUCAUGUCACAGAGCUAAAACUGUUAAAGCCUUCCUUUGUGGAAAGACUCAUCCAGUCAAUGUCAUGACCUGCAAAUAGCCCAAAUCUCAACCCUAUUGAAAACCUGUGGUGGAAAUUGAAAAAAAAUGGUCCACAGCAAAGCUCCGACCUGCAAGGAUUAUCUGGCAACUGCAAUCAAAGAGAGUUGGCACCAAAUUGAUGAAGAAUUCUCAUCAAGUCCAUGCCUCAGAGACUGCAAGCUGUCAUAAAAGCCAGAGGUGGUGUAACUAAAUACUAGAGAUGUGUUUUGAUUUUUAUUUCUUUGUUUGUUUCUAAUGAUUCCAUAUUUUCUUCCUUAGAAUGGAGUGAUUCCAUAUAUAUUUCCCUGCACUUGCUCUAUAAAAGUAACAUUCACUGACCACCACAAUGUUUUUUAUUCAUUUCUUUUAGUGUUUCUGAAUGCUAAAAAGUUGCAUUUAUGAACUAAUUCAUUAUUUUUUCAACCUUUUUAUCGGAGUUUGUUCUACAUAAUAAAAAUGUCUGAGUGAGUGCUCGUCCGACACUGGUGAUUCCAUAUUUUUUGCUAGAGGUUGUAGUACAACUGUUGUCACAAUAUAGCCAUUGACAAUGAUAUACGUCCAAUUAUGUGGCUCAUAAAAAUUAAAAGGUUAUAUAAGUUCAUCCAUUUGAAGUGAGAGGGUUGGUAAUCCCUCCCACUUCAAAUGGAUUUGGACGUCAACUGCCGUCAAUGGCAGCCAAGGAAAAUGCAAAAUUAUACUCCAUUACUAUCAAAAGUAGUGCAAAAUCAAAUUUGACGACAGAUUUCUCAUUCAAAAACAUACAAAUAAAUGAGUACAUAGACUUCACAAUGAUAUUGACGGGACACGGGGCCGAUUAAUAUGGGGCCUGCAUUGUUGGUGUGGCUGUCAAAACUGAGUGGAAUCACAAAGAGCUUUUUCCGUUGAAAAUUAUUGUGAAUAAAUGCUUAAAUCCCUGAAUUCUUUACAGAUAUGGACGCAAGACAGUCUUAAUUCUUGGUUAAACACCCCCCCCCCAAAAAACGUGCAGUUAUCAUUUAUUUUACGUAAAUAUGUCGAAGUGCAAUGCUAGUCUGUCAGUCAAUGAGGCGGCCGCCAUAUGUAAACAGAGCUUUUCCGGUGAAAAUUCUAGUGAAUAAAUGCUUAAAUCCCUGAGUUCUUUAUAGAUAGGGACGGAAAAUAGUCUCGGUUCUUGGUUAAAAGCAAAAAAAUUAAAUUAAAUUAAAAAAUAAUAAUUACCUUGAAUCCUUGAACAAAUCACUCCUGAUACAAUUUUACCUGUUUGUAUGCGGUACAGCUUUUGUACUUUUUCAACACAAACCCGGCGUUAGAUCGCUGCAUGUGUCACUGCGGGUUGGCCCCCUACUUGAAGAUGUGGUGCAGUAAAGGUGGGAUAUGACCCGUCAAUAUCACUAUGAAGUCUAUGAUGAGUAUCGAUACUUUUGCAAUCAAAUAUCGUGUAUGUAUCGAUACAUUUCUGUAUUUUUAAAAUCUCGUAAAGGUGCAGUCAAAUCGUUAUUUUCAUGUUUACCUACAUAAUUCCUAGCAUAACGUAAACAUGCUAAAUUUGACCCGCAAAAUAUGAGGUCAUCACUCCGCUGUUUCCAAUCAUAACAUAUCUUAGUAAAUAUUGUUUCAUCAAAUACAUUUUUUUUAGUGCUGCAACGAUUAAUCAAUUAACUCAAGUAAUUCAUUUAGAAAGAAGAUUCGAAUUAUAUUUUGCUGCUUCGAGUAUUGAAGUGGCAUUGUAAUGGUUUGUUUUGAAAAAGUUUGCGUUGAGUUUAAUUGAUUUGGGUGGAUACACUGACCUCUAGUGGCUAUAGUGAAUAUAACUUAUUUCACAUGGCUGAAUCCAGCUGCUCCCUGUUAGGACAAACAUAAGCUAAGCUUUUCUUUGAGGUAUAUCUGGUGUUUUUCUUUUGUGGGAAUAUGUGUUUGAACCAUUUGUUCGGAGUAUUGUGAGAAAAAAAAAGUUGGGCAUUUUAUGGCAUUUAAGAUAGCGGACUUUUGCUAUGCAAGUUAGCCAAUUGUUCCUUUGUUGUACUUAGAUCCUCAUUCAUUUUUUAUGCUGUUUGAGGCUCAGCUCAGGUAUUUUGAGCUAAUUCCUAGCAUAACCUAAACAUGCUAAACGUGGUCCGCAAGAUACAGUAUAAGGUCAUCCCUCAGCUGCUUAUAAUCAUAACAUAUGUUAGUAAAUAUUGAAUUCCUGUUUUAUUAAAUACAUUUUUUUAUUGUUGCUGCAGCCAUUGAUUAUUUUAGUAGUCAAUUAAUCUAUCAACUAGUUAGUUCGAAUAAUCGAGUGAUCGGAUUAGGAAUAUAUAAUUUGUUGCAGAAUACAUUUUAGAAGAUGGAAAACAAAGGCUUGCUAAGAUUGUAUUUUCAAAAGAGCAUUAAAUGUGAAUACAAAAUAAAAUUCCCAAGUGUUUCUUCAAAACUAUGCAGUGUUGCACUUUCAUUUAAAACUAAAUUAAAAUAUCAGCCUAAAAUAGUAUUAAAAAUAUAAAUAAAUGAGGAUCGCAGUGCAACAAAAGAACAAUUGGCUAACUUGAAUAGCAAAAGUCUGCUAGCUAAAAUGCUAUAAAACCCUAACAUUUUUUUUUUUUUACAAUGCUCUUAACAAAUCCUUCAAACGCAUAUUCCCAUGAAAACAGCUAAGUACACCUAUAAACUAAAUUACGAAUCCCUAAAAAACAUUACCUCAAACAAAAACCUACCUUAUGUUGGUCUUAACAGUGAGCAGCUGGAUUCAACCACGUUUAAUGGGAAUACAAAAUUAAAUUUGAGUGUUUCUUCAAACUAUGCAGAGUUGCAUUUUCAUUUAAAAAUAAAUUAAAAUAUUGAGCUUGGCCUUAAAUAGUAUUAAAACAAAUAAAUGAGGAUCGCAGUACAACAGGCUAACUUGAAUAGCAAAAGUCCGCUAGCUUUAAUGCUAUAAAACGCUACAUUUUUUUACAAUGUCCUUAACAAAUCCUUCAUACACAUAUUCCCACAAAAAAUAGCUAAAUACACCUAUAAACUAAAUUACGAAUGCCUAAAAAAACAUUACCUCAAACAAAAACUUACCUUAUGUUGGUCUUAACAGGGAGCAGCUGGAUUCAACCACCCUAGAUGGGAAUACAAAAUGAAAUUCCAGUGUUUCUUCAAACUAUGCAGAGUUGCACUUUCAUUUCAAACUAAAUUAAAACAUCUGUUCUUAGCUUUAAAUAGUAUUCAAACAAAUAAAUAAAAGAGGAUCGCAGUACAACAUAAAAACAAUUGGCUAACUUGCAUAGCAAAAGUACGCUAGUUUAAAUGCUAUAAAACGCUAACAAUGUUUUUUACAGUGCUCUUAACAAAUCGUUCAAACACAUAUUCCCACAAAAAAAAAAAAAAAAGCUAAAUACACCUAUAAACUAAAUUACGAAUGCCUAAAAAAAUAUUACCUCAAACAAAAACUUACCUUAUGUUGGUCUUAACAGGGAGCAGCUGGAUUCAGCCACGUUAGAUCAGUUAUGUCAUAAUCACUAUUUCCAUUAGAGGGCAGUGAAUCCACCCAAAUCAAUAAAACCAAAUGCAAACAAAGCAUUACAACGCCAAUAACCCAACGAACCCAAGAAAAAUUUGAUUUGAAGCUUUUUUUCCUAUUCGAAUUACUCGAGUUAAUCGAUUAAACGUUGAAGCGCUAUUGGACAGCAAUUUGCACCAAUUGGGUCGAAUGGCCAAUAUAUGUAUGUACUGUAUUUUCCGGAUUAUAAGAAGAUUCAUCCUCAAAUGCUAUUUUUAGGACUGACUGUUCACACUAUUUUUUAGCUCGUGUCCAAAUCUGACUUUGGCCUGUUCAAAAAUAUUGACACGCCUGAAAGGUUGCUGUGGCAACAAAGGCAUCAUCCAACAUAAUGACAAAACACAUUUGCGUUUUGUCCAUAUCUGAGAUGAAACUACCUCCCGUAUGUGGUUUCAAAUCAGAUUUCUGUGCUUUGUGACUGUUUCGACUUCAAAAGCGUAAUCCAGUUUCAAACUGGAUGGGCUAAAAAUCAGAUUUUGCUGGACCUGAGUAGAAGUCCAGCCAAACUAUGAAAAAAAGUGCGACUUAUACUCCGGAAAAUAUGCUAUAUAUGCCUGCUAUAUAUAAUUAUAUAGAGAGAUAUAUAUGAAGAGGAAAAUGUAUGCUACUUUUUUAAGAUCAUAACAGAAUGUGAAAUGCAUGCAAAGGGGAUUUACUCAAAGCACAUCAUUUUGAACCCGUUCCAAAAUGCUAGUGUUAAAAAAGGAGAGUUGCACGGCAUGUUUCAGCCAAACAACAAAGCGUCCUUUAUCGUACGGGAAUACCUGCAAAACUUACACGCUCGUGCGAUGUGCUCUACCGAGACUCUUGGACGGGGGUGCCAAGUGUUGGUCGACUUGUAGAAAUAUUGAAUGAGGACAUCCUAGUCUAAAUGGAUAAAAUGGCAGGAAAUUACAGCUGCUAGCUGAUUAGCAUAUGAAUCGUUAUUUGAAAAUUGUCUCUAAAUGACUUGAUUUUAAUGGCUUUAUGUAUAUGCUCUGUUAUAAUAUUCGACUAUCUUUGACCUAUGGAAACUUUGCAUCAAUUUGAUCAACGUGGUUUACUUUGGCGGACCGCACAAAACAAUGCGGCGGGCCAGAUCUGGCCCCCGACCCACCAGUUUGACACCUCUGCCAUAUUAAGUUCAAAUAAGUGAAAAGUAGCUUAAAAGGUGAUCUGGAAUUGUAAAGUGCACUAUUUUUGUUUUUUAUUUUCUUCAAAAUGUCUGUUUACUUUUCCAAUUAAUUCAUUGAAGAAUGCCGAAAAAGUAUAUGCAACUUCUCUCAAGAGCGUGCGACGAUUCUCUGCUGGUGUACAAUCUCACCUUACGUGGGUUUUCUCGGAUGAGAAGGUAUGCUGCAUCCAAACCCCUCCCGCUGGAGGGGCUGUGUUUACUUGAGCGCAAACACGGCGUGGGCCGGUGUCCGAUUCUGACAUUGUGGGGACCUUGAGCAAAAAAACAACAACAAUGUUGACGUAAAUGUAUUUUUCUGACCCAAACAUGCUAAAUUUCACGCUAACUUAAUUAACAUUUAUGUCAUUGUAUUGAUUUUUUUUGUGCCAUUGACUGCGCUGGACCCUCCCAGUCAAAAUGGAUUGGACGUUUCGCGCCGUCAAUGGCAACGAAUGAACCUAUGUGCCUUUUCACAAUUCGUUAACUUCAAAGAGAUUGAAGCAGAGCUUCUGAGCAGAGGCGGAACUUAAGGGGGUUCAACCGCACCCAGGCCCCAACCUAGCCUGGUUUGUGGGCGUGGUUGGGCGAGGGUCAAACAGAAAUGUAGGAUUAUGCGCGGAGCUGUAAUAUAGUAAUAUAGUAUACAAACACACCUCCAGUGAGUGCGUAGAAAACAACAUGUGUUUAUGGGUAAUUGUAAUUCUGGCCACAGCCUAUUGACUAAUCCGAGUAGAGAUUUGUGAAUGUCGUCCACUGGUGAAGGCCGCCAUUACCGGGGUGUUUACACACCUCAGUAGCAGCUCAGCGUUAGUCAAUGUAAACAGUAACAUUAGCUGCUGCUAGGGUUGCCAACUCCCUGAAAAUAAAAAUAAGGCACACUUCAGCCUCGGUUUGGUGGCCUCAGCAUUGCAUCUAUGUUUCUUGCAGAUUAUGUGGUGCUGUUGGCUUCAUCGAGCCAUGACCUCCAACUCUCACUGGAGCGGUUCGCAGCCGAGUGUGAUUCGGUUGGGAUGACGAUCAGCACAUUCAAAUCCGAGACCAUUGUCCUCAGUUGGAAAAGGGUGGUGUGCCCUCUCCAGCUCUGGAUUGGCAGACCGGGAUGGUUGUCCCCCUGACACACCUCAGCCUCCCUGGUAAAGUCUAUUCAGUUGUGCUGGAGAGGAGGGUCCGUCCGGAAGUGGAAUCUCGGAUUCAGGAGAAGCAGUGUGGUUUUCGUCAUGGCCGUGGAACUGUGGACCAGCUCUACACCCUCGGCAGGGUCCUCGAGGGUGCAUGGAGGACGGUGGAGAGUGUUGGAGAAGGCAUUCAACUGUUUUUCUCGGGAAGUCCUGUCGGGGGUGCUUCAGGGGUAUGGGGUACCGAGCCCCUUAGUAAGCCUGUACGACCGAUGUCAGAGUUUGGUCCGCAUUGCCGGCAGUAAGUCGAAUUUGUUCCCAGUAAAGGUUAGAUUCCAUCAAGGUGACCCUUUGUCACCGAUUGUGUGCAUAAUUGUUAUGGACAGAAUUUCUAGACGCAGCCGCAGCAUUGAAGGGGUCCGGUUUGGUGGCCUCAGCAUUGCAUCUCUGCUGUUCGUUUCAUCAAGCCGUAACCCCCAACUCUCACUGGAGUGUUUCGCAGCCGAGUGUGAAGCGGUUGGGAUGAAGAUCAGCACCUCCAAAUCCAAGACCAUGGUCCUCAGUCGGGGAAGAGAUCUUGUUUCAAGUUGAGAAGAUCAAGUAUCUUGGGGUCUUGUUCCCGAGUGACGGUAGGAGGGAGCGGGAGAUCGACAGGUGGAUCGGUGCAGAGUCUGCGGUGAUGCGGACUCUGCACCGGUCCGUAGUGGUGAAGAAGAAGCUGAGACGAAAGGCAAACCUCUUGAUUUACCAGUCGAGCUACGUUCCUGCUCUAACCUAAGGUCACGAGCUGUGGGUCGUGACCGAAAGAACAAGAUCGGCUGAAACCUUCCUCUGCAGGGUGUCCUGAGUCUCCCUUAGAGAUAGGGUGAGAAGCUUGGUCAUCCGAGAGGGACUCUGUGUCGAGCCGCUACUUCUCCGUGAUGAGAGGAGCCAGUUGAGGUAGCCCGGGCAUCUGGUACGGAUGCCUCCUGAGGUUUUCCGGGCAUGUCCGACUGGCGGGAGGCCCUGAGGACAGGCUGGAGAGACUGUCUCUCGGUUGGCCUGGGAACGCCUUGGGAUUCUGCCAGAGGAGCUGGUUGAAGUGGUUGAGGAGAGGGAAGUGAGGGUAGGAGUGAGCGGGAGAUUGACAGGCGGAUCGGUGAAGCAUCUGCAGUGAUGCAGACUGCACUAGUCUGUAGUGGUGAAGAAGGAGCUGAGACGAAAGGUGAAGCUCUCGAUUUACCAGUCGAUUUACGUUCCUACCGUCACCUAUGGUCACGAGCUGUGGGUCAUGACCGAUAGAACAAGAUCCUGGAUACAAGCAUCUGCAAUGAGUUUCCUCCGCAGGGUGUCCUGGGUCUCACUUAGAGAUCGGUUGAGAAGCUCGGCCAUCCGGGAGGGACUCUGUGUCGAGCCGCUACUCCUCCGCGUUGAGAGGAGCCACUUGUGGUGGGUUGGGCAUUUGGAUUGGAUGCCUCCCAGGAGAGGUGUUCCGGGCAUGUCCCACCGGCGGGAGGCCCCGGGAACAACCCAGGACAUGCUAGAGAGACGAUGUCUCUCAGCUGGCCUGGGAAUGCCUUGGGAUCCCUGCCGGAGGAGCUGGUUGAAGUGGCUGGGGAGAGGGAAGUCUGGGCUUCCCCGCUAAAGCUGCUACCCCCCGCGGACCGACCCCGGAUUAAGCGGCAGAUGAUGGAUGGGCACACCUCAUUGGUUGAGCCGGCUGCAUAUGGCAGAGCGCAUCCCCUGUUAGCUUAAUAUGGGACACGUACUUCGUUUCUGAAAACGGGACAACACUGUUUUUCAAUGGACGGUAAGCAACCAGCUAGCCACACCUCAGCAAUGGCGGAUGGGGUACUUCUGUUCGUUUACUCGGAUUAGUCAACAGGGGGAGAGCCACACAUGGACAUAAACACUAACACACCUUCAGGUCCCCACUUGGCUAAACUUUAAAAAACUUCACCAGAGUAUGUUUAGCAUGAUUUAAAGCAUGACCAACAGGGGACCUAAAAAAUGUCCUCUGUUGGCAAAGCGGUCCACACUUGGAUAGGCACACAAAUGCAUCAGACGAUCGUCUGCGAAAGUAUGAAGGUGCCAGCAAAUAAUUGUCCACUAGCCCAGUCGGACAGUCCGCUCGGGGGGGCCGUUUAUACUCAUUGCACCCAGGCCCAGUUCAUAUUUGUUCCGCUACUGCUUCCGAGCAAACUAAAAAAAACUAGUGUCACAAAACUUUUUUUCAAACAUCGGAAUCCCUUAAAACCGGUAAUCGGCCCACGCCAAAUCGGUAUUUUGUCAUUGGCGAUGGAAAACAGCACAAAUGUACAAAUGCUGAGUGUUUUUACUCUGAUGAUGUCAAGGGGUUAGCGCCCGCAGGCGUGAAUGUAAAAUGCUGACAUUCAGUUUUCUCCCCCGCCCCGUUUGCCGCAAGAAGUUGUAAAUAUGGCCGCCAUUUUGGAAAGCGCGCUGGACUGAGGCCGCAGGUGCCAAGAACACUUCAGCAAUCGUAGCACAACCUUGUCACGUAUUACAAGACGACAAUAUUGCUAUUUUUGUUCAAUUCCAGACCGUCAUCAGCAUUUACUCCCGAUGUCGUUGCAUGGUGUAAUAUUCAAACGGAUCGGUUAUUUUUUGUUUUUAAGAAGCGAUCCCAUGCCAAAUGUGACAGUGAAUGCUGCAUUUUGUGGAAAAAAAGUCCUACUCACGUGCCAUGGAACGGAGCAAUAAACACAAGUAGGCGAUUCUACCACGUAUUUCCACACAAAUUUUGUCUUAAUGCUGCAAUGUUUGAUUGUACAAAGUGUUUUUCUUGGACUUUUGGCCAGCGGCGACGAUCACCGUCGAUGGUAGUUAAGAAUGGGAUUCCUUGCAUUAUGAUCAACGUGGCUGUACAUAUAUUGUAUCAAUUAAAAAAUUGCUUUCGGCUUCAA